AUGAUCUUCUUCCCCCAAAGCGGCAGCGGAGCACACAAUUACAGUCUCAACAUUUUCCGCGAAGACGGCGAGCUAGUCUGGGUAUCCGGCUAUGGCGAUUACGCCGCAUUCCGAAGGACCACGCUCUUCGGCGAACCUGUGCUUGCCUAUUUCAAGGGUAUCAGUUUCGCCGAGCCUUGGGGUUUUGGGUACGGGAUUAUUUACAUUCUCAACCAGCAGUAUGAGAACAUCUACAACGUCACGCUAUGGAACGAGACCUACCCGUUACAAAGCAUCUAUCCGUUGUACGACCCUACACUGUGGAAGCCGUUCAGUUGGGUCGACAUGCACGAGAACCUCAUCACGCCUGAGGGAACUAUGUUUAUCGGCGCGAUGAAUGUUACACCUUGGGAUCUGUCGUCUGUUGGUGGCCCGAAGGACGGCUGGAUCGUUGACUCCAUUGCUAUGGAGGUCAAUGUAACGAACAGUGAGAUUUUGUGGGAAUGGAGUCAUCUCGACCAUGUGGACGAAGUCUCACUCGAAAGUGCUGUACCUACGUACCCACUUGGUGACCUGGGCAGGAAUAGCAGCUACCCCUGGGGUCCAUUCCACAUCAACUCUAUCGAGAGGUUUGAGGAUGGGAGUCUCCUGAUCUCAUCCAGACAUUACUGCUCCAUCUACAAGGUGAAGCGUAACGGCACGGUCGAAUGGACGCUGAACGGCUACUCCGGAGGUGACUUCACCCUCGCCAACAACCUCUCCUUCUGCUACCAACACGACGCACGCAUCCACCCAUCCCGCACCCCCAACACAACCACAAUCUCCCUCUUCAACAACGACAACAGCGCAGUCGUAUCCCACGUCAACCAAAGCACCGGUAUCUUCCUCUCCGUCGACGAGCGCACCAUGACUGCAACUCUACUCCAAGAGCUUGUUGACCCAGACGACACCAUAUACUCAGUCAGCCAGGGCAACAUGGAAGUUCUUCCCUCGGGCAACUCCGUCCUCGGCUACGGCAGCGUCCCAACGCUGAAGGAGUUCGACAAAGACGGUAAUGUGGUGUUGAGCGUGUCAUGGGGCGAGGCAUUAGCUGUGCAGAGCUACCGCGAUUACAAGGCCGAGUGGGUUGGUAAGCCGAGCGCGAAACCGGAUGUUUUCGCGUGUAGAGCGCAUAAUGGGACAGAGGUUUAUAUGAGCUGGAAUGGCGCUACAGAGCACAAGACGUGGACUGUGUUUGGCGGCGCGGUCAAUGGCAGUCUGAGUGAGGUUGUGAGUGUAGAGAAGACUGGUUUCGAGACUAAGGCAUCUGUAGAGAAGAUGCUGAUGUUUGUGAAAGUGGAGGCAAGUGGUGAGGCGAUUGAUACUGGGGUUUCUAAUGUUGUUAGUGUCUCUGUGUUCCACAUCUAG